AAGAAGAAGAAGAAGAAGAAGACGAAGAAGAAGAAGUUCUACGCUAAGAUUAGUGUGUUUUUAAAACAUGGAGAAAGGAGAAGUGGAUUUAACCGGCGCUAAACAAAAUACGGGUGUGUGGCUUGUUAAGGUGCCCAAAUACCUCUCUCAGCAGUGGGCAAAAGCAUCUGGCAGAGGCGAGGUUGGAAAACUCAGAAUUUGCAAGAAUCAUGGGAAAACAGAGGUGUCAUUCACUUUGAAUGAAGAACUGACUGCGAUCGAUGGUUUGGAACACAAGAACGCAUGUGCUCCUCGUGAGCACCCGUUCACCAUGCAGACAGUGGGAGGACAGACAUUGGCAGUCUUCUCUGAGACUUCAUCAGAAAGAGGCCAAUCAGAGGAGAGAUCUGAUGGCAGCAGCUCAGCUUCGGGGGCGGGGGCAGGUCCAGAUAAAAUGGCAUUGGAGGGAGUGGUGGUGCAGAAAGCAGAGUGCAGAUCUGCUGUUGAUGACAACUACAUGAAGCUAAAAAAGUUGCAAAUUGAAGAGUCCUCCAAACCGGUCCGGCUUUCUCUACAGCUGGACAAGGCUGUGACCAGUAACUACAAACCUGUGGCCAACCAUGCUUACAAUCUGGAGUAUGAAAGGAAAAAGAAAGAGGAGGGCAAGAGAUCAAGAGCAGCCAAACAACAAGUGUUGGACAUGUUGUUUUCUGCUUUUGAGAAGCACCAGUACUACAACAUCAAAGACCUUGUUGAUAUCACCAAACAGCCUGUGACUUACUUAAAGGAAAUCUUGCGUGAUAUUGGAAUCUACAAUGUGAAGGGGACACACAAGAACACCUGGGAGCUCAGGCCAGAGUACAGACAUUACCAUGGAGAAGAAAAGACUGAUGCUUAGAUGCUACCCUGAACCACCAAGCUGCCAUGCUGCUGUACUGUACAGUAAUACUUGUGAAAUGUUUAUAUAUUUUGUAUAUGUUAUCAGUUGGGUGUACUGCUUUACUGGUACAUUUUGUAACAUGUUUCCAACAAGGUUUUUAACAGCUGAAACAUAAAAAAUUCAGAUAGUG